CAUUCAGGGCCUGCCUGCUUCUCCUCAUCGUUCGUUGUGUAUUGAUCGAUUUCGUGGCAAAUUCGGUCACCACCUUCGACGACGAUCUCUAAAGAUAUCUUUGGAAUCUCCGCCAUUUCUCUUCUCUAUCUCUCUCUCCCUCUUUCUCACGCGCGGUGAUUAAAGAUCUUCUUCAAUCGGUUAUACUAUUUUUUAGGAAUUUUCUCCUCGGCAUUGAAUAGUACAUGUAGAGAGAAUGAAGGGUGAGACAGAGAUUAGGGAAGAGACACAAGCUUCAUCCGAAACUAUGGAGAAGCAAAAGGAGUCUCAACCAAAGGAAGGGAAAGGGAAGAGACUGUGGAAGAAGGUGAAGUAUCAGCUCGUAGAAUACCACUCGUUGCCCGGUUAUUUGAGAGACAAUGAGUUCAUUGUCGGUCACUAUAGAUCCGAAUGGCCGCUGAAGCAGAUUCUCAUCAGUGUCUUUACCAUCCACAACGAGACUCUCAAUGUUUGGACGCACUUAAUCGGGUUCUUCCUGUUUCUUGCACUCACCAUAUACACGGCCAAGAUGGUGCCGGGCAUGGAUCUUCACUCUCUACAGCAUCGCAUUCCGGACGUUUUGCGAAAGGCCGAUCUUCACAAACUGCAUUCUGAUCUGGUGACAUGUCUUCCGUCUUUACCCCACAUGCCCGAUUUGCAUCGGCUUAGACAUGAUCUCAAGACUUCUCUGCCCUCUGGUCGGCAUGUCAUGGAGCUUCUUUAUAACUGUUUGCCCGAGAGAUUCUCUCAUGGCAACUACACUGACAUGUGUGUCUUGCACUCGGUGAAGGAGGACCUCGUGAACAUAAUAGCACCUCUACUGGCGCGGCCGAUAACCCGAUGGCCAUUCUUUGCAUUCUUAGGCGGUGCGAUGUUCUGUUUAUUAGCCAGCAGCACAUGCCAUCUCUUCUCGUGUCACUCGGAAAGAAUCUCUUACAUCAUGCUGAGACUAGACUAUGCCGGAAUAGCAGCCUUAAUCUCCACUUCCUUCUACCCCCCAGUGUACUACUCCUUCAUGUGCGACCCUUUCUUUUGCAAUCUCUACUUAGGGUUCAUCACCAUCCUCGGCAUUGCCACCGUUCUGUUUUCGCUCCUGCCCGUUUUCCAGAACCCCGAGUUCCGCACCAUCCGGGCCUCGCUCUUCUUCGGGAUGGGACUAUCUGGCGUGGCACCGAUCCUGCACAAGCUCGUCCUCUUCUGGGAUCAGCCCGUGGCGCUUCACACGACAGGGUACGAGGUUUUGAUGGGCUUGCUUUACGGGAUAGGUGCUCUUGUCUACGCCACUCGGAUCCCGGAGAGAUGGAUGCCGGGGAAAUUCGAUAUAGCCGGCCAUAGCCAUCAGCUGUUCCAUGUCCUGGUGGUGGCUGGCGCGUAUACUCAUUACAGGGCCGGGUUGGUCUACCUCAAAUGGCGCGACCUCGAAGGUUGUUGAAAUUAUAUGUCACAAACUGUGAAUUGUGUGUAUUCGAGGGAUCAGGAACAUUUAUCCAGUCUUCGUUGACUCUUGAUCCUACGGCUCUC